UUAACUUUUAUUGUUUAAACAAUCCACAAGGUUGGUCACCUCACCUGUACGAUAUUACGUAACAUAGAGCUGGAAGUACAAUUCGUACAAAAAAUAACAACUUUGCUCAAGUGCAUUGGCAGUGAAAGUAAACCUGAAUUAAAACAGUGGGAUGUCGAUGUAUGAUAAGUAGUGGACCGUACUCGUAUGUUCGCCUGAUUAACGACUACCUCCAGGAAAUCUCGGAAUAAAAUAAGUAUAAACAUACUGGAGUCUAACUGUUCACUUCUUCUCCAGCAUCAGUGAACAUAAGACCGCAUAAAGCCGGGGUUUUCGUUCAUUUUAUUAUUAUUUUUUUUUUUACUAAUCUCGUGUUAAAUUACAUAAGAAAUGUGAGUGUGUAUUAUCGGAAGUGUAAACAAUUUUGUGUGCUAUUUUAAUUUUAUUAUAUUUUGAAGUGAUAUUUUUAUUAAAAUGAAUUUAUUAAAAUCAAGAUGCUUUUUCAUCAAUUAUUUCUACUAUUAUUUUUGUUGAAUAUUGAUAAAUGCAUAUUGUUAGAAAUUUGCAAUGAAAUUUACGCAAAUGUUUCAUCUAAUGAAAUCUACGAAGAAAAUGCUCGAUAUCAAUUUUCGCAAUAUGUUGAACGAAUGGUACAGAAAUGGGCACCAUUGGUAUGGUUGGCUCCUGGAGAGAAAUUUUUUCCUAGCGAAGUGCCGAAAUUUCUACGCUAUAUGACGGCUCGUUCGAAAAAUGCCGAAUAUAACAAUUUACCUGUUGGACCCAAGUCCGAAGAAAUGUAUCUAGUCACUAAAUCAAAUAUUGAUGAUCUAUUGGAAGACAGAAUUUCUAUUUUGUACGGACAAAACCCGAACAUAACCAAUGUUCCAGUUUACGCACAUGUUUCAGAAUGCAACUGCAACCACUUUCAUGUAACUUAUUGGUUUUUUUUCCCUUAUAGCCAAGGUAAAACUAUGUGCAUCGUUGAUAUGGGGAUGCUGGGACCAUUACCUAUACCACAUUUCAACAACAAAUGUUUCGGCUCGUUAAGAGAAUUCGGAAGUCAUGUCGGAGAUUGGGAGCAUACCAGCUUUCUAUUCAAAGGUAAAGAAGAGCCCGAAGAAAUGUACGUGUCAGCCCAUGACGCCGGAGCAUUUUACAAAUUUGACGAAAAUGAGAAAAUAUUCAUCUUUCACAAGCAGGAAAUUCGUAAAGGAUUCAUCCAAAGGCCAACUUUUCCACCGGUGGUCAAAUUGUACGCGACUGACGAAGGCUACCACCCAAUUUUAUUCGCUGCCAAAGGAUCUCACGGGUUAUGGACCGCACCCGGUAAACAUAAAUAUGUCAAAUUGCCUCAACUGUACGACGUUAGCGGUUACGGUAUUCCUUGGAAAACUUGGAAACAAAUCGAAAUUCUGUAUUCGGGUAGAGGAUUACCUCAAUGGAUGUUUUAUUUAGGAAAAUGGGGUAAUCCGCGUAACAAAUGCCAUCCACUGUCUCGAAUGGGAUUGAAUAUUUGCCAAAUUACCGACGGACCGAGCGGUAUCCCGAAAAAGAAAAAUAAUUUCGUCUGUGGCAAUAAUUAUUCGAGAAAACUUUCAAAUAGAACAAAACGCAAACAACGAAGGAUAAAAAGUUAAUUGCUUUAGAUGGCGAAACGUUCUUCCAAAAAGACUGAAUAUUAUUAUUUCACAUCCUCAACUAUCUAUACCAACGUAUGUAUAAGUUACAGCAUCAAAUGAAAACGCAUUUAAAAUUUUAAAAUUUAUUAAAAAUGUACAAAUUUCUUAGACAAUAGUGUACUUUAUUUCAUGACAUAUCCGAUAUAGUAUAAUUCGAGGUAAUAUGGCUAGCUGUGUUUACUUAUGACGGGACAAUUUGUACAAUUUCGCAAACUCAAGUCGAAUUCACAGCUUUGGUUGUCUAUUACAAUUAUAUAAAUGAAAAAUUAUUUGAAUUUUCCAUUUAUAAACAUUUGUAAUGCGUACAUUAAACAGUUACAAAAACAUAGCGAGUGAUCAGCGCGUAAAAAAAAAUUAAUAAAUAAUAUCACAUCGUGGUACGUCCAUGUCUGACGUUAAAAUUAUUGUAAAGACCUGCGUAGAUACGGUUUGUCAUUUUAAACUGUACGUAAU